AUGAAGAAGUUCGGCUAUGAUCAAAGUAAUUUCGACCACACUCUGUUUCUCAAGAAGAGAACGAAUCAAAUCACAUGCUUGAUAAUCUAUGUUGAUGAUAUGGCGAUCACUGGGAAUGAUGCAGAGGAGAUUUAUGAUUUGAAGAAGAAACUAUCCCUAGAGUUUGAUAUAAAAGAUUCGGGCAACCUUAAGUAUUUCCUUGGCAUCGAAGUUUUGAGAUCGAAAAAGGGAAUCUUCAUUAGUCAGAGAAAGUAUAUUCUUGAUCUUUCGGAAGAGACUGGCAUGCAUUACGCCAUAAGGGGCAAAAUAGGCAGACAAAGAUCGAUAUCGAAGAAUGAUGGGGAAACUCAUAUACCUCUCACAUACAAGACCAGACAUUGCAUGUACUGUGGGUGUAAUAAGCAAAUUCAUGUAUAUGCCUUAGAUACAACAUAUGACAGUCGUGAUGAGAAUUCUGAGGGUAUUACAAAAAUCUUGUGGAUCGGGAAACUACUAAGGGAAUUGAACUUCCUAGUGAAGGGAGCAUGCAACCUUUAUUGUGAUAACAAAGCAACAAUCAGUAUUUCUGAGAAUCCAGUUCAGCAUGAUCGAAUAACCAUGUCGAGGUUGACCGUUAUUUCAUAA